AUGUCGACCCACGAGACCCAGUUCAAGCAAUCGGCCCACAAGCUCCUCAGCGUCCCCGGCCCGGUCGAGGUCACGGACGAGGUCCUGUUCGCCAAUGCCCACCCGAGCAUGUCGCACGUCUCGCCCGCCUUCGCGCCCGUGUUCGGCAACUGCCUGCGCAUGCUCCGCCAGCUCCUCUACACCGACAAGGGCCAACCCUUUGUCAUUGCUGGCUCGGGCACGCUCGGUUGGGACCUCGUCGCCGCAAACUUGAUCGAGCACGGCGAGAAGGCGCUCGUGCUCAACACGGGCUACUUUGGCGACGCGUUUGCCGACUGCCUCGAGGUGUACGGCGCAAAGGUGACGCAGCUCGGCGCCGCAAAGGUCGGCGCGAGGCCGUCGCUCGACGAGCUCGAGGCGGCGCUCAAGAAGGACCAGUUCAAGCUCGUCACGUUCACCCACGUCGACACCUCGACGGGCGUGCUGUCGGACGCCAAGGCCAUCGCCGGGACGGUCCGCCGCGUGUCGCCGUCGACGCUCGUCAUCCUCGACGGCGUGUGCUCGGUCGCGUCCGAGGAGAUCCGCAUGGACGCGUGGGGCAUCGACUGCGUCGUCGGCGCGAGCCAGAAGGGCAUCUCGGUCCCGCCCGGCCUGUCCAUCACGGCCCUGUCGACCCGCGCGCUCGCCGUCCUCGACAACCGCGAGUCGCCCAUCGCGGCCUACUUUGCGUCGUACCGUCGCUGGCUCCCCAUCAUGCAGUCGUACGAGUCCGGCACCCCGGCCUACUUUGCCACGCCCUCGGUCAACCUCAUCUACGCCCUCGAGGCGUCGCUCAACAGCAUCGUCGCGGGCCCGACCUCGCUCGAGGACCGCUUCAAGCUGCACCGCGAGGCCUCGGCCCGCUUCCGCAAGGAGGCGCGCGAGCUCGGGUUCGAGACGGUCGCCGUCGAGGACGACGCGUGCGCCAACGGCAUGACGGCCCUGUACACGCCCCAGGACGUGCCGCCGCCGGCCCUCAUUGGCGCGCUCGCAAAGCGCGACAUUGUCAUUGCCGGCGGCCUCCACAAGGACAUCAAGACCAAGUACAUCCGGUUCGGCCACAUGGGCGUCAGUGUCGUUGAGCGCCCGACCGACGUCGCAAAAGUCAUGGACGCCCUCCGCGAGUCGCUCGCAGAGGUGGCGCCCAAGAGCAGUUGACUCGCAAAGCUCUGAGAACCGGGGGCCGGUCCGUAGGGCGCGCACGAGCCCUCUCUUUCGCGUCUCUCUCUCUCUCUCUCUCUGUCCUCCUUUUUUUUCGCGAGCCUGGAAUCUUUAUCAAAGCCCGUUCGUCUUU